GGGAGGAAAGGGCAUCGAGACAUCUGUCCCAGGGAGCUCGGGGCCUCACCUGGACGGCAGAUCGGCGCUGCAACCCAAGCGCUGGAGAGCCCGCUAUGAUGGCUUCGCGGACUUCAGCCCCUGCUGAGGCUGCACCCAUGCCUUCUUCAGAGUCAGAGACCGCGGAAGCAGCAUCUACCUACGACCAAGUAGACACAGAGACCAAGCACACAGGGCCCCCGUGCCCCCCAGAGCAGAAGUCCUGGCUGCUGCGGCAUUUCUCGCUGCUGUUGCGGAGAGACCGGCAGGCCCAGAAGGCCGGGCAGCUCUUCUCGGGGCUCCUGGCCCUCAAUGUGGUGUUCCUGGGUGGGGCCUUCAUCUGCAGCACGAUCUUCAACAAUGUGUCGGUCACCCUGGGGGACGUGUGGAUCCUGCUGGCUGCGCUGAAGGUCCUCUCGCUGCUGUGGCUCCUCUACUACGUGGCGGGCACCACACGGAAGCCCCAGGCAGUGCUCUACCGGGACCCCCAUGCGGGACCCGUUUGGGUGAGGGGCUCCCUGGUGCUCUUCGGCAGCUGUACCGUCUGCCUGAACGUAUUCCGAAUGGGCUAUGACGUGAGCCACAUUCACUGCAAGUCAGAAGUGGAACUCAUCUUCCCAGUCAUUGAGAUCGUCUUCAUGACUGUCCAGACUUGGGUGCUCUGGAGACACUGUAAGGACUGUGUUCAGGUGCAGACCAACUUCACCAGGUGUGGCCUCAUGCUGACCCUGGCCACAAACCUGCUGCUGUGGGUUUUGGCUGUGACCAAUGACUCCAUACACCGUGAGAUCGAGGCUGAGCUCGACGCCCUCAUGGAAAAGUUCUCAGGUAACGAGACCAACACGUGCAAGUGCCUCAACGCCACCGUGUGUGAGGUCUUCCAGAAGGGCUACCUGAUGCUGUACCCCUUCAGCACCGAGUACUGCCUCAUCUGCUGCGCCGUGCUCUUCGUCAUGUGGAAGAAUGUGGGCCGCCGCCCGGCAGCCCACCCGGCUGCCCACCCCAACAGGCCGCCCUUCCGCCUGCACGGGGCCAUCUUUGGGCCGCUGCUGGGCCUCUUGGCACUGGUGGCUGGCGUGUGUGUCUUCGUGCUCUUCCAGAUAGAGGCGAGCGGCCCUGACAUCGCCCGCCAGUACUUCACCCUCUACUACGCGUUCUACGUGGCCGUGCUGCCCGCCAUGAGCCUGGCGUGCCUGGCAGGCACAGCCAUCCAUGGGCUGGAGGAACGCGAACUGGACACCCUCAAGAACCCCACGCGCAGCCUGGAUGUGGUGCUGCUGAUGGGCGCCGCUCUGGGCCAGAUGGGCAUUGCCUACUUCUCCAUCGUGGCUAUCGUGGCCACGAAGCCCCACGAGCUGCUCAACCAGCUCAUCCUGGCCUAUUCGCUGCUGCUCAUCGUGCAGCACAUCACGCAGAACCUCUUCAUCAUCGAGGGCCUGCACCGCCGCCCCCUCUGGGAGCCUGUGCUCCCCGGAGUGAUGGAGAAGCAGGGUGCUGAGCUGCCUCGCAGGGGCUCCCUGCGGGAGCUGGGCCAGGACCUGCGGAGAGCCUCCAGGGCCUACAUCCACUCCUACAGUCACCUCAACUGGAAACGAAGGGUGCUCAAGGAGAUCUCCCUCUUCCUCAUCCUCUGCAAUAUCACGCUUGAUGCUGCUUGAGAGCCGGGAGUUUCUCCAGCAGCUCCCUGCAAGCUGCCUGGCUUGCACCUAAUGGGCUCAGCACCUAGCAAAGAUUCUGACCCCCGAAAGCUUGCAAUCUAGAUGGGGGAGAUGCCACGUGGCUGACCAGAAAAUGAACCCUGAACUCAUCAUCCAUUGAAUUUGGCCAAAUGAACAGCCUAGAACUACUUAUUUUCUAUUAACCCCUAGUGGAAGAGGUUAGUGCUGAUCUCAGCCUCUGGUGGCUGCUAAAAUUGAGGCUUCUGUUGUCUGAUUGAUCCAGCUCUCAGAGCCUGGAAGUGGCAGAUAUGGGACAGCUGUGGGUUGUUUAGCUCCAAACCUCUCAAAGCACGGAAAACAUGCCUCAGAUGUGAAACAGCUGGUCCAUGCAGAGAAGAAAUGAUAAAUUGGCUUUAAACUGUGUCAGGAGUUCAGAGACGGAAGUAUGGGUCCUAAGAGCCAAGGCAGGUUUCUGGGAGGUUGAUAAGGUCGGCCUGGGCUUUGGAGAGUGGGUAGCAUUCUCAUGAGAGGGCAGGAGGGGAUGCAGGUGGCUCUAACUAGCAGAAACAGUAAAGCCUGAGCUCGGGGCUUAGGGCACAAACAGUUCAGCUUGGCUGCCUAGAUUUCUAGCUGGGUGGUCCUGCCAAGUGCCAUGUAUAGAAGCAGCCCUCUAGGGCUCAGCCUGGACUCGGGGAAGCCGAGGUAGCCAGGGCUUUCUGUGUCAGGGGGUGAGAGAGAUGCUAGCGCUGGAUGGACACCUUGCUUGGAAAGCCCCAAGAUGUUGUGGGAACAGCGAGUUGCAGACACGGCUAGUUCCAGGUCAGCCUCCCCUGAGCUGAGCGCUUUAAGAUUUAGGAGAGGCCCUUCUUCGCCCAGCAGCCUCCUCUCUC